GUGCAGGUGCGCGCCUGCCCGGGACCUGGGGCAGCUGGCGUGAGUUAUGGGCGCUGCGGAGGCUGCACGGAGGUCCCCACCCAGCUUGGGGGCGCAGCGGAUUAUGCUGUGAGUGUUCCGGCUGCCUGCCAUUCCUCCGGUGGCGAAAACACCUCUCCCUCGAGCUCCAAAACCACCUGAAUUGCUGGGGAGUGGAGAUUAUCUACCGCAGCUGCCUCUUGCUGAUUUCCUCUGCAAAAUGGCUCACGCCGCUGCUUCUAUUAAAAAAGUUCGAGAGGCUGAACUGGAUGAAAAGGAAAAAAAUCUGGAGAGAGAAAGAAAAAAACAACGGAAAAUUCCCAGAGACCGCAUGGAAAGGAAAAGAAAGUCUGAUAGCAAUGCAAGCUUUCUUCGAGCUGCCAGAGCGGGAAACCUGGACAAAGUCGUGGAAUAUCUGAAAGGGGGCAUCGACAUCAAUACCUGCAACCAGAAUGGACUCAACGCACUCCAUCUGGCGGCCAAGGAAGGCCACGUGGGCCUGGUGCAGGAGCUGCUGGGAAGAGGCUCUGCCGUGGAUUCUGCCACCAAGAAAGGAAAUACUGCCCUUCAUAUCGCAUCCUUGGCUGGACAAGCAGAAGUGGUCAAAGUCCUUGUUAAGGAAGGAGCCAAUAUUAACGCACAGUCUCAGAAUGGCUUCACUCCUUUAUACAUGGCGGCCCAGGAGAACCACAUCGAUGUUGUAAAAUAUUUGCUGGAAAAUGGUGCUAAUCAGAGCACUGCUACGGAGGAUGGCUUCACACCUCUUGCUGUGGCACUCCAGCAAGGGCACAACCAGGCAGUGGCCAUCCUCCUGGAAAAUGACACCAAAGGCAAAGUAAGGCUGCCAGCUUUGCACAUUGCAGCUCGGAAAGAUGACACCAAAUCUGCAGCACUCCUGCUUCAGAAUGAUCACAAUGCGGACGUCCAAUCCAAGAUGAUGGUGAAUAGGACGACUGAGAGUGGCUUCACCCCUUUGCACAUAGCUGCACACUAUGGAAAUGUCAACGUGGCUACUCUUCUGCUCAACCGGGGAGCUGCUGUGGACUUCACAGCCAGGAAUGGAAUCACUCCUCUGCACGUCGCUUCAAAAAGGGGCAACACGAACAUGGUGAAGCUCUUACUGGAUCGGGGUGGUCAGAUUGACGCCAAGACCAGGGAUGGGCUGACACCACUCCACUGUGCUGCACGAAGUGGGCAUGACCAGGUGGUGGAGCUUCUGUUGGAACGCGGUGCCCCGCUAUUGGCAAGGACUAAGAAUGGGCUGUCCCCGCUCCACAUGGCUGCGCAGGGAGACCACGUGGAGUGUGUGAAACACCUGCUGCAGCACAAGGCACCUGUCGACGAUGUCACCUUGGACUACCUGACGGCCCUCCACGUUGCUGCACACUGUGGCCACUACCGCGUCACCAAACUCCUCCUGGACAAGAGAGCCAACCCGAAUGCCAGAGCCCUGAAUGGUUUUACUCCACUGCACAUUGCCUGCAAGAAAAACCGCAUCAAAGUCAUGGAACUGCUGGUGAAAUAUGGGGCUUCAAUCCAAGCUAUCACAGAGUCUGGCCUCACACCAAUACAUGUGGCUGCCUUCAUGGGCCACUUGAACAUUGUCCUCCUUCUGCUGCAGAACGGAGCCUCUCCAGAUGUCACUAACAUUCGUGGGGAGACAGCCCUGCACAUGGCAGCCCGGGCUGGCCAAGUAGAAGUGGUCCGGUGCCUCCUGAGAAAUGGUGCCCUUGUUGAUGCCAGAGCCAGGGAGGAACAGACGCCUUUACAUAUUGCUUCCCGCCUGGGUAAGACAGAAAUUGUUCAGCUGCUUCUCCAACACAUGGCUCAUCCAGACGCGGCUACCACUAAUGGGUAUACACCACUGCACAUCUCUGCCCGGGAAGGCCAGGUGGAUGUGGCGUCAGUGCUCUUGGAAGCAGGAGCAGCACACUCUUUAGCUACCAAGAAGGGCUUUACCCCUUUGCAUGUAGCAGCCAAGUAUGGAAGCCUGGAUGUGGCAAAACUUCUCUUGCAACGCCGUGCUGCCGCAGACUCUGCAGGGAAGAACGGCCUUACCCCGCUCCAUGUUGCUGCUCACUAUGACAACCAGAAGGUGGCGCUGCUGUUACUGGAGAAGGGUGCGUCCCCUCACGCCACUGCCAAGAAUGGUUACACUCCUUUACAUAUUGCUGCCAAGAAGAACCAGAUGCAGAUCGCUUCUACACUCCUCAGCUAUGGAGCCGAGACCAACAUUGUGACGAAGCAAGGUGUAACUCCACUUCACCUGGCCUCACAGGAGGGGCACACAGACAUGGUCACCUUGCUGCUGGACAAGGGAGCUAAUAUCCAUAUGUCAACCAAGAGUGGACUCACAUCCUUACACCUUGCAGCCCAAGAAGAUAAAGUCAGUGUUGCUGAUAUUCUCACCAAGCACGGGGGUGACCAGGAUGCACACACAAAGCUUGGUUACACUCCUUUAAUUGUGGCCUGCCACUAUGGAAAUGUGAAAAUGGUCAACUUUCUGCUGAAGCAGGGAGCCAAUGUUAAUGCAAAAACCAAGAAUGGCUACACGCCUUUGCACCAGGCUGCCCAGCAGGGCCACACUCACAUCAUCAAUGUCCUGCUGCAGCACGGAGCCAAGCCCAACGCCACCACCGCGAAUGGUAACACUGCCUUGGCCAUCGCGAAGCGUCUGGGCUACAUCUCCGUGGUCGACACGCUGAAGGUUGUGACUGAAGAGGUCACCACGACCACCACAACUAUCACUGAAAAACACAAGCUAAAUGUUCCCGAGACAAUGACUGAGGUUCUUGAUGUUUCUGAUGAAGAGGGGGACGACACGAUGACUGGUGAUGGAGGAGAAUACCUGAGACCCGAGGAUCUCAAGGAACUGGGCGAUGACUCCCUGCCCAGCAGCCAGUUCCUGGAUGGCAUGAAUUACCUGCGUUAUAGCUUGGAGGGAGGACGGAGUGACAGUAGUACCAUGCCCAGCCUCCGGUCCUUCAGUUCUGACAGGUCUCACACCCUGAGCCAUGCGUCCUACCUGAGAGACAGUGCCGUGAUGGACGAUGCCAUUGUCAUCCCCAGUCACCAGGUAUCAACUCUAGCCAAGGAGGCAGAAAGAAAUUCUUAUCGUCUCAGCUGGGGCACUGAGAACUUGGACAACGUGGCUCUUUCUUCCAGCCCUAUUCAUUCAGGCCGCACCUCUCCAUGUCUCGAUCGUGACAACAGCAGCUUCCUGGUUAGUUUUAUGGUGGAUGCCCGAGGUGGUGCUAUGCGAGGAUGCAGACACAAUGGGCUUCGAAUCAUUAUUCCACCUCGGAAAUGCACGGCGCCCACGCGAGUCACCUGCCGACUGGUCAAACGCCAUCGACUGGCGACAAUGCCCCCCAUGGUGGAAGGAGAAGGCCUGGCCAGUCGCCUGAUCGAAGUCGGACCUUCUGGUGCUCAGUUCCUUGGUAAACUUCACCUGCCAACGGCUCCUCCCCCACUUAAUGAGGGAGAAAGUUUGGUCAGCCGCAUCCUUCAGCUGGGGCCUCCUGGAACCAAAUUCCUUGGGCCUGUGAUUGUGGAGAUCCCUCACUUCGCUGCCCUGCGAGGAAAGGAAAGGGAGCUGGUGGUCCUGCGCAGUGAGAACGGGGACAGCUGGAAGGAGCAUUUCUGUGAAUACAUGGAAGACGAGCUGAAUGAAAUCCUGAAUGGCAUGGAUGAAGUGUUAGACAGUCCAGAAGACCUGGAAAAGAAACGAAUCUGCCGCAUCAUCACCCGUGACUUCCCACAGUACUUUGCAGUGGUGUCUCGCAUCAAACAGGACAGCAACCUGAUUGGCCCAGAGGGAGGCGUGCUGAGCAGCACUGUGGUCCCCCAGGUGCAGGCUGUCUUCCCAGAGGGUGCACUGACCAAGCGGAUCCGUGUAGGCCUGCAGGCUCAACCCAUGCACAGUGAGCUGGUUAAGAAGAUCUUAGGCAACAAAGCUACCUUUAGCCCUAUAGUCACUUUGGAACCGAGAAGAAGGAAAUUCCACAAGCCAAUCACCAUGACCAUUCCUGUGCCCAAAGCUUCAAGUGACGUCAUGCUGAAUGGCUUUGGGGGAGAUGCACCAACCUUAAGAUUACUGUGCAGCAUAACAGGUGGCACCACCCCUGCUCAGUGGGAAGACAUCACAGGAACCACACCACUCACCUUUGUCAAUGAAUGUGUUUCCUUUACAACCAACGUGUCUGCCAGGUUCUGGCUGAUAGAUUGUCGACAGAUUCAGGAAUCUGUUGCCUUUGCAUCACAAGUAUAUAGAGAAAUUAUUUGUGUACCUUACAUGGCCAAAUUUGUAGUGUUUGCCAAGUCCCAUGACCCCAUUGAAGCCAGGCUGAGAUGUUUCUGCAUGACUGAUGACAAAGUGGAUAAGACCCUGGAGCAACAGGAAAACUUUGCUGAGGUGGCCAGAAGCAGGGAUGUGGAGGUAUUAGAAGGAAAACCUAUCUAUGUUGACUGUUUUGGUAACCUUGUGCCCUUAACUAAGAGUGGCCAACAUCAUAUCUUCAGUUUUUUUGCCUUUAAAGAAAACAGACUUCCUCUCUUUGUUAAGGUCCGCGAUACAACUCAGGAACCUUGCGGUCGACUGUCGUUCAUGAAGGAACCGAAAUCGACAAGAGGCCUGGUGCAUCAAGCUAUUUGCAAUUUAAACAUCACCCUGCCAAUUUAUACAAAGGAAUCAGAAUCAGAUCAGGAGCAGGAAGAAGAGAUCGAUAUGACAUCAGAAAAAAAUGAUGAGACAGAAUCUACAGAAACAUCUGUCCUGAAAAGUCACCUGGUUAAUGAAGUUCCUGUCCUAGCAAGUCCGGACUUGCUCUCUGAAGUUUCUGAGAUGAAACAAGACUUGAUCAAAAUGACCGCCAUCUUGACCACAGAUGUGUCUGAUAAGGCAGGUUCCCUGAAAGUGAAGGAGCUGGUGAAGGUCUCUGAAGAAGAGCCAGGAGAGCCCUUUGAGAUCGUCGAAAGAGUUAAAGAGGACUUAGAGAAAGUGAAUGAGAUCCUGAGAAGUGGAACAUGCGCAAGGGACGAAGGCAGCCAACAGCGCUCUCAGGCGGAGAGAGAAGUAGAGGAAGAGGAGUGGGUUCUUGUUAGUGAGGAGGACAUAGAGGAGGCUAAGCAGAAAGCACCUUUAGAUAUCUUGGAAUAUCCAUGUGUAGAAGUCAGACUAGAGAAAGACACCAAAGUCAAAGCAGAGAAAGACUCAGCUGGACUUGUGAACUUCCUGGCUGAGGACCUCAAUGCUUAUGUGUCUCCUCAGGAAGACAAGGUUGGGGAGGCCAGCAAGGCUCCAGCUGCUAGUAGGAGCUCUGGGAAGGCGGGGAAGGCUGCACCCCCAGAGGAGAAACUCAGCACUCAAAAGCAGCACAAACCAAGCCUAGGGAUAAAGAAGCCAGUGAGGAAGAAAUUAAAAGAAAAGCAGAAACAAAAAGAAGAAGGUUUACCAGGGAGUGAGGGAAAAACAGAAUUUAAAAAGGGUAGUUCUGAAGAGUCAUUAAAUGAAGAGCCAGGUCUGGACCCUGCUCCCUUUCCCACCACGAAGGCCACCUCUCCUCUCAUAGAAGAGACUCCCAUUGGCUCCAUAAAGGACAAAGUGAAGGCUCUUCAGAAGCGAGUGGAAGAUGAGCAGAAAGGGCGAAGCAAGUUGCCCAUCAGAGUCAAAGGCAAAGAAGACACACCCAAAAAGGCCACUCCCAGAACACAUCCAGUGGUGUCACCCUUGCUGAAGUCAGACAGGCACGCUCCAGCGUCACCCUCCUCUAAAACAGAAAGACACUCUUCCCUUUCCUCCUCUACAAAAACGGAAAGGCACCCUCCAGUGUCACCUUCAGGUAAAACUGAGAAGCACUCACCUGUGUCACCCUCUGCAAAAACUGAAAGACAUUCACCUGUGUUGACAGCAAGUAAACCAGAGAAACACUCACCUGUAACAUCCUCCACUAAAACUGAAAGACACUCCCCUGUGUCAUCUACAAAAUCAGAAAGACACCUACCUGUUUCACCUUCAGGAAAAACUGACAAACACCCACCCAUUUCACCUUCUGGGAGAACAGAGAAACAUCCUCCAGUGUCACCUGCACCUGGGAAGACAGAAAAGCGCUUGCUUGUUUCACCUUCUGGGAGAGCAGAGAAGCAUCCACUCUCUGGGAAAAAUGACAAAUACCUGCCUGUGUCACCAACUGGGAAAACAGAGAAGCAGCCACCUGUGUCCCCAACUUCCAAAACAGAGAGAAUUGAGGAAACUAUGUCUGUCCGGGAGUUGAUGAAAGCUUUCCAAUCAGGUCAGGACCCAUCAAAACAUAAAACUGGGCUCUUUGAGCACAAAUCAGCAAAACAAAAGCAGACACAAGAAAAGGGUAAAACUCGGGUAGAAAAAGAAAAGGGACAGAUAGUGAGCCAGAGAGAAAUGCAGAGAACAGAGAGUCAGACCAUCAAACGAAGCCAGAGAUUCAUAGUGACAGGGCUUUCAGAAUCCAGAAGAGGUGUCCGUGCCCCCACCAUAGGGUUUAGGAAAGAAGAGGCAAUUGGAGAAAAGGAGAAAACUCCCAGCCACAAACCCCCAGAGCCUGCUCAGUCAGUGCAUGAAAAAGAAAGACAUGGAGAGAGAGAAAUCCCCAAGGAAAAGGUGGCUGAUGAACAGGAAGACAUGGACCUGCAGAUCAGCCCAGACAGGAAAACCUCCACAGACUUUUCUGAUGUCAUUAAACAAGAGUUACAAGACAAUGACAAAUACCAACAAUUCUGCCUGAGUGAAGAGACAGAGAAGGCGCAGGUUCAGCUAGACCAAGUCCUCACCAGCCCUUUCAGUACAGCCUUCCCACUAGAUUAUAUGAAGGAUGAGUUCCUCCCCACUCUGUCCCUCCAGAGCACAGCUCUGACUGGCAGUUCUGAAAGCCUAAAGCAGGAAGGGAUAGCAGGCUCGCCCUGCGGCAGCCUGAUGGAGGGGACCCCACAGAUUAGUUCAGAAGAAAGCUACAAGCAUGAGGGCCUGGCAGAAACCCCUGAGACGAGCCCAGAAAGCCUUUCUUUCUCACCAAAGAAAAGUGAGGAGCAAAUUAAGGAAAUAAAAGAAACCACCAAGUUAGAAACGCCCCCAGAAAUUCAUUCAGAAAAAGAACAUCCUACAACCAAAGACAUCACUGAUGGUUCUGAAGAUCAAGGUGCCAUAGUCCCUGAGGGCUCAGAGCCCUCUGCUGAGGCUUUUCAGAAGGAUGCCACCCCAGACUCUCCCAGAGACAUAUGCCCCAAACAAAAAGAUGAUUACCCUGGCAGCCCUAGUGUGCCAUUAGCAGAAGAAACCCAUAGGACACUGGCUGAGGAAGCAUCCUCUGAUGGCGGUCAUCUACCACUUACUAGUUCAACUUAUAGGACACAAACUGAUAGUGAAACUCAGGAAUCCACAGCCAUCCCAGAUGAGGCAAAGCCUUCACCCCUGCCUGAUGCUUCUGUAAAGACAGACCCAGAAACCAAAUCCAAGUCCAGUGGAGUCAUUAGAAGCCCCCAAGGGUUAGAACUUGCACUCCCUAGCCGAGAUAGUGAGGUCCUCAGCCCCAUGGCUGAUGAAUCAUUAGCCGUAAGCCACAAAGACUCUCUGGAAGCCAGCCCUGUGCUAGAAGAUAAUUCCUCACACAAAACUCCUGACUCUCUGGAACCAAGUCCCCUGAAAGAAUCUCCUUGCCGGGACUCUCUUGAAAGCAGCCCUGUUGAACCAAAGAUGAAGGCAGGAAUUCUCCCAAGUCAGUUUGCUCUGCCUGCUAUUGUAGCCAAAACAGAACUCAUUACAGAACUGGCCUCCAUGCGGUCCCGGCUACUCCGAGAUCCUGAUGGCAGUGCUGAGGAUGAUAGUCUUGAGCAGACGUCACUGAUGGAGAGCUCAGGGAAGAGCCCUCUUUCCCCUGACACCCCCAGCUCUGAAGAAGUCAGCUAUGAGGUCACACCCAAAGCUUCAGAUGCAUGUACACCCAAACCAGCUGUGAUUCAUGAGUGUGCAGAAGAGGAUGAUUUUGAAAAUGGGGAGAAAAAGAGGUUCACACCUGAAGAGGAAAUGUUCAAAAUGGUAACCAAAAUUAAAAUGUUCGAUGAACUUGAACAAGAAGCAAAGCAGAAAAGAGACUGCAAAAAAGAACCCAAGCAAGAGGAGUCUUCCUCAUUCUCUGACCCAGAUACUGACUGCCCAGCAGAUGUAGAUGAACUGAAGCAGAUGAAGAGUGUAGAGGGUAGAAGUGAUGUCCCUGUGUUGGUGACUUCUGAGAGCAGAAAGGCUUCUUCGUCCUCAGAAAGUGAACCUGAACUGACUCAGCUGAAGAAAGAUGCUGACUCAGGCCUCUUACCAGAACCAGUGAUCCGAGUGCAACCUCCUUCCCCACUUCCAUCCAGCAUAGACUCUAAUUCUAGCCCAGAAGAAGCACACUUUCCGCCUAUAGUCUCCAAACAAUAUACUUUCAAGAUGAGUGAAGAUUCUCAGGAAGAGCUAGGUAACUCAGAAGAAGGAAAAGCCGGUGAAUCCCUUUCAGCUGAAGACAGUCAUCCUCUUUCCACUGAUGAAGCAGAUAGGUCCUACGAUGAUCUAAACAAAGACACCAAUCUGUUAAAAAUCUGCGAUGGCCAUGGGUGUGAGGCUCUGAGUCCUAGCAGCUUGGGCACGCCUAUCUCUUUAGGGUUCCAGAAGUCAGCUGGUGAUGUUGACGAGCAGCUUGUCAACUGUAAAGAAUCAUUAGCUCCCCAGGACCCUCAUGAAAAUGACACAGAAGGAGAAGAGCUUGAUGUUUCUGGAGUGGAAUCUCCACAAGUAGGUUGCCCCAGUGAAAGCCCUUCUUCUUUGUCCUCUUUCCCUCAUUGUCCAGUAUCUGAAGAAAAGGAAUUGGAUGGUGAUAUAUCUUCUACUACAAAAAUAGAAAAAACCAAUAAUGACCCAACUUUGGAGACCUUACCCAAGGACUGUUUCACUCAAGACUCAUGUAUUAUAACUCAAACAAAUAGGUUGUCUAUGGACAUUCCAGAGUCAGACCUAGUGGAGACUGGUGAAAUCUGUUAUCCUCAUAUCACAAGUCCUUAUGAAAAUGUUCCUUCUCAGCCUUUUUUCCCUAGUGAAGAAAGCAAAACCCAAAUAGAUCCCAGUCACACUACGAGCUUUCACUCUUCUGAAGUACAUUCUGUUACUAUCACAUCCUCUGUUGCAGAGGUAGUAGCAACAAGUUCUUCUAGUAGAACUGUUUCAAGUAAAGAAUCGAAUUUUGAGAACCUUCAAAUAGAAUCCAAACCAGAAAGCGCAGUGUGGGAAAUGCAGUCAGACAGCAUCUGCUCCUCUCCCCAGCCUACUGUAGCAAAUACUUCAGCAAUCUUUGGGGAACAAAUAAGCCAAGUCAUCAUCACAAAAACAGAUGUGGAUUCAGAUUCCUGGAGUGAAAUUCGUGAAGAUGAUGAAGCCUUUGAGGCUCGGGUGAAAGAAGAAGAGCAGAAGAUAUUUGGCUUGAUGGUAGACAGACACUCACAGGGUACCACCCCUGAUACCACUCCUGCUAGGACUCCAACGGAAGAGGGGACCCCAACAAGUGAGCAAAAUCCAUUUCUCUUUCAGGAAGGAAAACUGUUUGAGAUGACCCGAAGUGGUGCCAUUGAUAUGACCAAAAGGUCCUAUGCAGAUGAAAGCUUUCACUUUUUCCAAAUUGGUGAAGAAUCCAGGGAAGAGACUUUCUCUGAAGACGUGAAAGAAGGGGCUGAGCCACAGCUGGAGAUGACAGCUGAGUCAGUAGCACCUUCAGAAUCAAAUGAAAUGGCGAAUGACAAAGCAGAAUUACUUCCAGCUGAUCUAAGUGAGGAUGCAGAGGAAGUACUCACUUCAGAUUCUCACCUUGAUGCUCAAACCGGGAUUUCAGCUUCCCCUGAAAUGUCUACACUAGAGGCUACUGCUACAGGGGCUGAGGACCUCCCCACGCAAAUGCCUGACACAACUUCUCCAUCCAGUAGGAACCAGGUACCUUGCUUUGACUCCCCUGAACCAGUUGUCCAAGUUCAGUUGGACUUUUCCACAAUCACCAGGUCUGUAUAUUCAGAUCGGAAUGAGGAGUCUCCUGAUUCUUCCCCUGAGGAAGAGAAGUCUGUGAUUGAAAUCCCUACUGCACCCAUGGAGAAUGUGCCUUCUACCGAAAGCAAAUCCAAAAUCCUUGCAAGGCCUAUCCCCACGCCAUAUGCGACCCAUCCAUCUGUAGAGGAUGAGAGUGCAUUUUCUGAAGAUUUUCCACCCACUCUGGAUGAGGAAAGUAAGGAAGAUAAUGAAAAACCAAAGUCCAAAAUCCCCAUCAAAGCAUCCAUCCAAAGAGUUGAAGAGCAGCUCUCACUUCUAGACUCAUCUCUCCGUAAGACAGGGGCACCUCAGGGACAGGAUGUGACAAGCAGAGCUCCAGACAGCAGAAGCAAAUCCGAAUCUGAUGCUAGUCCUUUGGACUCCAAGACCAAAUGCCCAGGGAAAGCCAGAAGUUACAUUGAGACAGAAGCAGAGAGCAGAGAGAGGGCAGAGGAACUUGAGUCAGAAUCAGAGGAAGGAGACACAAGACCAAAGAUAUUUGCAUCCCGAUUGCCAGUUAAGAGCAGAAGCACUACAUCUUCCUGCAAGGGGGCCGUGAGCCCCACAAAAGAAAGUAAGGAACAUUUCUUUGACCUUUACAGAAACUCCAUAGAAUUCUUUGAGGAAAUUAGUGAUGAGGCUUCCAAGCUAGUGGAUAGACUUACGCAGUCAGAAAGGGAACAGGAAUUAGCUUCAGAUGAUGAAAGUAGUAGUGCCCUGGAAGUUUCAGUUAUUGAAAAUCUGCCACCUGUUGAGACUGAGCACUCAGUUCCUGAGGACAUCUUUGACACAAGGCCCAUUUGGGAUGAGUCCAUUGAGACUCUGAUUGAACGCAUCCCUGAUGAAAAUGGCCAUGACCAUGCUGAAGAUACACAGGAUGAGCAGGAGCAGAUCGAGGAGAGGCUGGCUUAUAUUGCUGAUCACCUGGGCUUCAGCUGGACAGAGUUAGCAAGAGAACUGGACUUCACUGAGGAGCAAAUCCAUCAGAUUCGAGUUGAGAACCCCAACUCCCUCCAAGACCAGAGCCACGCACUGUUGAAGUACUGGCUGGAAAGGGAUGGGAAGCAUGCUACAGAAACCAGCCUCAUCGAAUGUCUCACCAAGAUCAACCGAAUGGACAUCGUCCACCUCAUGGAGGCCAGCACAGAGCCACUCCAGGAGCGCAUCAGCCACAGCUAUGCAGAGAUUGAGCAGACCAUUACGCUGGACCAUAGUGAAGGGUUCUCAGUACUUCAGGAGGAGCUCUGUACCACGCAGCACAAGCAGAGAGAGGAGCAAGCUAUUUCCAAAGAGGAUGAGGCUGGCAGUCACCCUCCCAUAGUUUCCGAGGAAGACAUUUCUGUGGGUUACUCCACUUUCCAGGACUGUGUCACCAAAACUGAGGGGGACAGUUCAGCAGUGGCACUUUCUCCCCAGAUGCAUCAUGAGCAAGUUCAACAAGAUUUCUCAGGGAAAGCACAGGACCUGUCUGAUGUUCAACAGGAAUACUUUGUGACAACCCCAGGUACAGAAAAGACAGAGACUCAGAAGGCCACAGCAGCACCAGGCUCUCCUAGCAAGACCCCCAAGGAGAUCAGGGCCCCUCCUGAGGAGGAGAGGCUGGACCUCCAGUCUCCAGUGUCCAGUGAGUGGGGAGGCUCCCCCAUUGUGCAGGAACCAGAAGAGCCCCCUGAACAUAGGGAGGAGAGCUCCCCAGGGAAAACCAGCCUCAUGAUCACGGAAGACCAGCAACAUACCUUUGAGAGACUCGACAGAGAGGCAGCUUUUGAAAAGGAGCUAACAGAGGAAUUAGGGGAGCUGGAGGCCAGCUCCGAUGAGGAAGCAAUGGUAACUACCAGGGUUGUGCGCCGGCGAGUGAUCAUCCAGGGAGAUGACAUGCCUGAGAUACCCCCAGAGAGCGUCACCGAAGAAGAAUACGUUGAUGAACAUGGGCACACCGUGGUGAAGAAGGUUACUAGAAAAAUCAUUAGACGGUAUGUGUCCUCUGAUGGCACAGAGAAAGAGGAGAUCACAAUACAGGGGACACCACAGGAGCCUGUGAACACCGAGGAUGGAGAUGGUUACUCCAAAGUGAUAAAGCGUGUUGUACUGAAGAGUGACACCGAGCAGUCAGAGGUGACUUUGUCUGAACCCAGAAUUCUGUCCAGUACCUCACAAUUUCAGGCUGAACCAGUAGAAGGCCGUAGAGUCAGCAAAGUUGUUAAAACCACUAUGGUCUGUGGAGAGAGGAUGGAGAAACAUCUGGGGGAUUCUAGUUUAGCCACUGACCUUCCUUCAGCCAAAGAUGACUUUGAAGAGGACAACAAUGAGUAAAGCCAAGACACAGAAGAGGGCUGUGAUGAAGGACCAGCAUGGGAAACAUGUUGACCUGGAGCACCUGGAGGAUGUACCAGAAGCCCUAGGCCAGGAUGACCUCCAGCGUGAUAUCCAGCAACUCCUUCGGCAUUUCCACCAGGAGGACUUGAAGCAAGAGGCUACAUGAGGGGCUGCCCAAUUCUCACAUUAGAAACCAUGCAUUCAUACAAUAUGCAAUAUCCCAUUUCCUUAGAUGAGUGAUCUCAUGGGCCCAAUUAAUGGGAUCCCUUGACAUUUCCACUGUUAGCAAACAUACAGCAUUCUGUUUUAGUUUUUCCCCAUUCUCUCUAAUGAUAAACUAAUUUGUGA